UCUUGCCUUAAGGGUGUUCUCCAUUCCUGCAGCGUUGGUCUGUUACUCUUAGCUGCGUCUGUCGCUCCUGAACCGAUGUCUGUCAGCGUCUGUCACUUCCCCUCCUACUCCUUUCCCUCCCUCCCCUUGUCUCAAGCUGUUCUUUGCUCUCUCAUCUCCUUGUUUUUGUUUCUCUGUCUUUUGUCCUUCUGUGCAUUUAAGUCUGUCAAGGUCACUCUCCUUGACCUUGAGCCCCGGCCCAGAGUUGGCGAGCGGUGUUUGAGUGUGGGCUCAACAAUCCCCCACCCACCGGCCCACACACAGAGCCCAGCUGCAGCUGCAUAAGGGAGGACGCCGCCCAGCUUCCCAUUCCUUUGAUCCCCCCAAGCCUCAACAUUCUUACCCCGUAAUUAUCUCUCCCAGCCUUACUGCAUUAGAGGAAAGAAUCAUGGGUGCGGCCAGAGGGACUGAUGUGUUUCCACUGGUGCAGGGAUGAGGGUCAGAAAGACCAGGAAGGAAGGCAACGAUAAGAUUUGGGCAAUACGGGUGGUAGAGUCUAGAAGACGGGGGCUUAAGAGAUUGGGGAGAAGAGCUGCACCUGGGGAAUCAGGGCAGAAUGUACUGGGAGUAAGAGGCAGACAGGGUGGGGGAGAUGUGAGGUGGAGGUGAGGCAGAGGAGAGACAGGUAUCCACUGAGCAGCAGUUUUCAAAAUAUUUAUCUCAGGACCUCUUUACACGCAAGAAUUACUGAACACCCCAAAGAGCUUUUCUUAUGUAAGUUAUAUCAAUAUUUGCUAUAUGAGAAAUAGAAACAGAAUAUUUUAAUAGGUUCAUUUAAAAAUAAAAAAACAAUAAACCCAUUACGUGUUAACAAAGCAUAGUUUUGCGAAAAAUAAUCCCUUUCCCAACAGUACAGUGGGAAGAGUGGCACGGCUUUACCCUUUGGGGAAUCCAUUUAAGGUUGGGCUUAAUAGAAGAACUAGAAGAUGGCUGGGUUUUCACAUCUGCUUCUGCAUUCAGCCUGUUGGGAUUUGUUGUUUUGAUUGAAGUAUCUGAAGAAAAUCUGACAGAUAUGUAGUUGGAAGAGGAAGACGGUGGAGGACCCUCUAAAAGGGCCUUAGGGACCCGCAGGAGGUCUGGGGCCACCGUUUUAGAAUUGUUCCUGAGAUGGAAGAGUUUGGGGAUGCCAGAGGAUGCUGAGAGCUCUUUCUCCUGUGGGGGCCCCUCCCUGUCCCCACUGGGGCCCCGGUGGCUGCUGGAGGAGUCUCUUUCCUCCCUUUUUAUUGCCCUAUAAAGCCAAGGCAAGCACAACUGGAGAAAGCCCACGCGCAGCAACGAAGACCCAAUGCAGCCAAAUAUAAAUAAAUAAAUUUUUUUUUUAAAAAGCCCAAGGCAAGGGGGAUAAAAGGCUGGCAGAGCGGGGCCAGGGAGGCGGGUGGGCGGGAGGGAGAGGCGCUACAGACACAGGCAGACACAAUGAACCCCCUGUUUGCUGGGAUCCCGCGCAGCGCCCUGCUGUGGGCUGCCUUGGGAAACCGCAAGCGGUGCUAUGACUGCGGUGGAGGCCCCAGCGGCUCCUGCAAAGAGACCGUGACCACUUGCGGCCAGGGCAAAGGCUGCGGCUUCCUGGAGGGCAAACCCCAACCAGACCUGAGACAGACCAAGCCAUCUGGAAACCCCUCAGUGACCUUGAUUCAUCACCAUGCAGCCUGCGUGGCGGCCCAUCAUUGCAGUCGAGUGGAAACAGAGGUGGUGGGAGACGUGACUUAUAUGACCCACAGCGACUGCUGCGUCUGCGACCUGUGCAACAGUGCUGUGGCGAGCACUGCAGCCCCCGCGUGCAUCGUGGCUGCAGGGGUCACCGCCCUAGCCUGGCUCUUGCCAGGACUGUGGAGAGGGUAGUGGGAGUAGGGGAAGACAAGGGAGCAAGGGAGCAAGGGAACAAAGGGGAUCUGAGGUGAGAAGAUAAACACUCCUCUGUGAGCCAUUAAAAUCUACCGACCACUCUAGAGCUGACUGGAAAAUUCCAUCUUUUGUUGAUGGGAGGGCUGAUGGAGUAAUGUGGGGCAACCAGGCUCUAGUGUAGGGGUUAUCAAGGAUCAGUGGACUUAGUUGCAAUGGUGCACUGCUUAACCAACUAAACCCCAAAGGACAAUGGAGAAUCUGCCCUAUGUGACUCCUGCACCCUGUUGCUAGGGAGAAUCUUCCUUAGCAACGAGGAUCACUG